AUGGGCUUUCUCGGUUUGGACGUGUUCGAUGAAGUAAAGCGUAUGAACAAAAGACAGAUAUACUACCAAGGGUUAACUAUAGCGAUGGUUGUGGCUUCUGCUCUAAUGAUUUGGAAGUUUUUAGUGAUUGUUAGUUAUAGUGAAAGUCCUUUGGUAGUUGUCUUAAGUGGCAGCAUGGAGCCUGCUUUUUACCGUGGUGACGUAUUGUAUCUAACAAAUUACCCUGAUGAACCAAUUCGAGUGGGUGAUAUUGUUGUUUUUAAAAUAGAAGGAAGGGAGAUUCCUAUCGUUCACCGUGUUCUGAAAUUACAUGAAAGCGUUAACGGUACCAUUAAAUUUCUCACAAAGGGAGACAACAAUCCGGUUCAUGAUCGAGGUUUGUAUGCUCCAGGUCAAGAUUGGCUUACACCAUCCCAUCUUAUAGGACGAGCAAGGGGCUUCAUCCCUCAUAUUGGACAAGUUACUAUUGUCAUGAAUGAGAAUCCUCAACUCAAAUACGGUGUCUUAGGCACUAUGGGUAUCUAUCUAUUCCUGAAUAGAAAUCAAGACUGA